CCAAAACCGGCGGGCGAUUUUCAAUUUGAACGUAUAAGUACGAACGUCCGAAUGGCGGGACCCUCAAAAGUUUUCGAAAUCAACUCUAUUCCUACCAGCACAGGAAUUGUAAUUGAAAAGGAUAACACGAGAUGGACUGCACACGCUUAAAGUCGGUUAUUCCAUAAGGGAUUAAGUAGUCGUUGGCUAUAGUGAAGUUAGGGCGUUUUGUUCAUGGUGAUAAGAAGUUUUGAUGUGGGCGGGGUAUCGAUCGGCGCCGAGUGAGUGCGCGACCACGGCUCCUGGCGGUAAACAGAAAGCACGCCGUCAGCGGAGAGCAUUAUCAGUCGAGCGCUGACGCGAGAUGCACACGCUCAACGUGCUGUUGCUGGCGGCCGCCGCGGCGUGUGCUGUACCUCGCCCUCUAGGCCCGUCAGCUGCCCCAGCACUGUCGCAGCUGCCGCACCGCAUAGGGUGGCAGCCGCGGCCUUUCCGCAGCGACUACAUCCUGCCUCGUAUGCUGUUACCCAACCCGUUACUUCGGUAUGAAGAGAACCCUCGCGAUGUCGCCCCUACUGAACAAGACUGGCUGAGUAAGGAAAUUGAUCGCAUCAACCAAAUGGACGAUGAUGAAGAGUUAAAUCCGUUUGUAGAGGAAUUCUCUCGUUGGAUGGCUCGGGAUCCUUACGUGCCUCUGAAAUAUGGACAAGAAGCUGCCCGCGAAUCUGCUGAACCUGCUUACAUACCGGAGACCAUCACGCUUGCUCCAGAAGAGAUACGCCCGAUGCCACCACCAAGGGAAAUCGUGUCACCUGAACCUAUCUCAGCACCACAAGUAGAUGUCGAAAACCAUAAGUCGUCUACGCUGGCACCUUCAGAAACUGGCAAUGAACAAAACAAAAAGACAUUCGCGUUGACGCCUCUCGAUAAGGAAUACUACGAACCCGAAGACAAAAUUGUGACGCAAAAAUCUGAUGGACCUCAUGAGGGUGGUGAGUCGCCAACUCCCCAAGCGAUGAGCUUAGUAGCAUUCCAGCCUCUACGUCAGAUACGGCAGAACCCUAACCUGGGUAGAACGAAAAACCUUGUCGCUGAAAACUUGGACCGCCUUCGAGCUGGACUCACUCAAGAGAAUCCAGACGGCACCGACAAACCGCGUCACAUCCAUGUGCUGGAGUCUGCAUCCGAUCCUGCCGACUCGAUCUACGGAAUCGCUCUCAUUGCUGCUGUCGGCACCGCUCUAACAAUGGCUAUCAUCGGAUUCGCGUUUGGCUGGUAUACACUAAGUAAGAAAGCUAAAGCUGCUGCUGACGUGGACUACCCUGCAUACGGAGUGACCGGACCUAACAUUGAUACCUCUGGCGACAGGAAACUUGCUCAUUCGGCCCACAUGUACCACUACCAGCAUCAAAAACAGCAAAUAAUAGCUAUGGAAAGAAAUGGCUGUGAGCACCGCAAUGGAUCCGUAUCUGACCCCGAGUCUGAAGAAGAGAACGAAGAGGGCGAUUACACUGUUUAUGAAUGCCCUGGAUUUGCAACGACGGGCGAAAUGGAAGUGAAGAACCCUCUGUUCUCCGAGGACCCGACCCCGGCCACACCCGGCAAGUGCGAGAUUGUGAAACCUCAACCCAAAGAUUAAGUGACGCGCGCGCAUUUGUUGCGCACCCUCAUAAAAGCCUGGCGAUCGAUCUUCAUAGUUUGCAAUCUCUUCAGUAUCUGUUUGAUGUACACCCUUCAACGCCAAGGUUACUUAUCCAACAGGAUUACUCACCAUAGUUACAUAGGUCGAUGUAUACGUACCGAUGAUGUUUAGUGUUGUAGGUUCAGUGUGUUAAUAAAGUGACGAAGUAUCAGCCAGUCCUACUCGAUGACGGCUUUCCACAUUAUUGACUCACGACUCAGAUUUAAUAGAUUACUUUGUGGAUUUUAUCUAGACAGUUUGUGUAGGUACCUACAGUACAAUGUUCGAAUGCAGUAAUAAAAUGAAAAAUGUAACAAAAAAAGAUCGCACCAUAAAUGUUUAUUCUCGUUUUAAUAAUAAUGCCACAGAUAUAUUAAAUGGUUAUAGAGUAUUUUAGGCGCAACACCUAAUCUAUUGACUUGUAGCAUAUACUACAAAACCCUACGAAUUUAUUUAUCAUUUCAUCUAUAUUAUAUACAAUAUUGUAGACUAUCGUGUCCCUACCUGCAUUCUGCAUACAUGGUAACAAUUAAAGCAGUACCUGCGAUAAACCAAAUACCUUCCUAAAAACAUUAGUAUUUGUAUUUAAGAGAUAAUGUACUAUGCCCAUAUCAAUAACUAUACACGAGCCUUCUUUCCUCUGAGACCAAAAUAAGUCCAAAUGUAUGGCAACUGAACCAAAACCAUUUUAAAACGAAUGUGGCCUAAAAUAAUAUUUUACAUUAUACCUACACGUUUUCUAAAUAACUGAAAUGACACUAGUUUUUUUAGGAAGGGACGUUCAAAAAUAGUAGGGAAUAUGUUAACGCCUACAUUGCAUCCCCGAAAAUACCAAGUUUAAAUAAUUUUUAAAUGCAACGAGGACGACCCACUAUAUUACAAGGCACAAAGUUAUGAUCGAUGCCACGCCUAAUUAUCGAUGAUACAGGAAUAAAUGUAUAUUUACAUCAUAGUGAUUAUUAUAAAACCGUUUGCAUUGUAAGUAAGGUCAAUUUGCUUAAUAAAAUGUCACUAUUAAAAUACCUUAUAUAUAUUUUACAAUUUUAACUUGUUAAACCAUAUAGUAUUAGUAUUUAUAAUAUCAUUAUAUUAUUGAAAAUACCAAUAUUGCGAACCAAUUGACCAGAAGCAUUUCUUUGCAUAUGCCUGAACAAGUUACACCUACAUAUCUUCUACAAGUUUACCUAUGUACCUACUAUUGCCUAGAUGUUUAUUACAAUAUGAAAUAAGUAAUAUUUAUUAGCUAUUACUAAAAGAAUCAUGUAUUAUAUACAACCGAUACAACACAGAAACCUCACCGUAGGAGUUGAUGUACUUACUGUUCAUCGUAUGCAUGACAGUUCUACAUUAUAAGUAUUAUAAAUUACCUAAUUAUAAAUCUAGAUAUCACUGUGUAAUCUAUAGUAGAAAAUCUUACAGAUUAAUAUUUUGGUAUUGUUAUUAUAUAUGUAAAUGGAAGGCCUGGCAAGGAAUGUAAGUUGUAGAACUGCGUAGGGAUGCUGUGACACAGUUGAGAAUGCUCUAAUGCUUAGACCAUCAAUUAGAAAAAUUGUUGUACCAAAAUUAUACUGCCAAUAUCUCAAAUAUCUUUUAAGAGCAUGUAAGAAAAAUUAGAUAGGAAAAUGAAUUGCCCCAAAUGAUUACAUUUUAUUUAAAGCUCUGCUAUUGCUGCUGAGCAUAUUUUCAACCUUAUUCGGUCUAUAUAAGAAAUGUUAUUAGUUAAUCAUCUUAGAUGGUCAGAGAUAUAUAUUUAUUGUUCCCAUUCUGAGGACUUGUAUUUGUUAGAAUAGUAAAGAUAUAUAUUAUCAAUUAUUCCUAACAUUAAAAUGGAUGUUAAAUUAAUUGUCGUUAUCAUAUUAAUCACUUAAUCUUGUAGCAAGUCGUAUAUGGCGUAUGUAUUAAAGAAUUAUAUCGAGCAGGUAUGACCUGGGUGUAUCGAGUUAUUUUUCGAGUGUUUUAUGUAACCUACGUAUUUUUCCUGUCAAUUGUGAUUGACUGAAUAUCUCACCGUGCCAUGGAUCUUGUUGCCAGGAAGCGUUUAAGCUGUACUUAAGAAUUUUGUUUCAAAAAACUAAAAAUUUAUUUACUUAAUAUGGGAGUCAUAUGUUUCCUUCGCUUUAAUUGUUGUAAUAUUCACAAUGAAUAAUCAUAUUUAAUAUUUCACUUGCCGAUAAUAUUUACUGAAUAUCGAAUUAGGUAGGUAUAGUGAUGUACUGAGCGUUGUUCCCCUGAAAUGUAUCAAUAGUUAUUAAGAUAACUACUUACUUAAAUAUUUGGCAAAAGUCUCGACACUUAAAAUACUGUAGUAGCAACGUUUGUCUCACUGUUAUUCAAAUAUUUACAAUAGAAUAAAAUAUAGUAUCUCAAAAUUUAUCUGUAACGUAUCUAUUGUAUAUGUACUAACCAGUUCUGAAAACAUAUGUAUUUAGUUAUAAAUUGAUUAAUGUGAUAUAUUUCAUCAUUAUAAUAUAUAUGUAUACAAUGC